AUGGUACUUACUUGGAAUACGGAAUGUCCAGUAAGAUGUAGCUGCUAUGAAAACAGUAAUGACCUGAAAGUUUUGGAUUGCUCAUACAAAGGCUUAAGUGUAAUGCCGGAUCCGGAAGCGCUGCCACAGGACAUAAAUAUUAUUAAUGUUGCUGGAAACAACAUUGAAUACGUACACCCGGAAAUGAAUUUUUGGAUCCUUAAACUGGUGGAAAUGGAUAUAUCGGAUAAUCGGCUAACAACUGUUCCGACGCUGAAGUCACCGUCGUUACGUAAACUAAAUUUAAGCAACAAUUCUAUUUCGUCUAUUCGUAGCGAUGAUUUUAAAGUGUUAGAAAAUUUACGAUUCUUAGAUUUGAGCAAGAAUAGAAUUUUUGGUAUUGACUCGGCGGUUUUUAAAAAUUUGAAGUUCUUACGGCAUCUUAACCUGAGCAGCAAUUAUUUGACUGAUCUGCCAGAUUUAACCGGUUCUAAUGAACUGGACGAGGUUUACCUUCAAAACAAUGAAUUUACCGUUAUAACCAGUGGAGAACUGGCACUGAGUAAUCUUUCGAGGCUAGAUUUAAGCAACAACAGAAUUCGGUCUGUUGAAAGCCACGCAUUUUUCCAUUGCCCAUCACUGCAAUCUUUACGUCUGGCCCAUAACAGGCUAACUCAAGUUCCCAGUCAUGCGCUUUUCUACAUUAACUUGCUCACCACUAUUGAUCUCAGCAAUAAUCCUUUGGUGUCAGUUCGUAAUGGAGAUUUUGCUUCACUACCGUACCUUCAAGAACUUGAUCUUUCCAGAACAAAAAUUGAGAUUGUUGAAGAGGGAGCUUUUGCGGUUGGAAGUUCGUUGAUUCGGAUUUAUUUGAAUGAUAAUUCCAAAUUAACUUUUUUGGAACCAGGAAGCUUGCGGGGCUUACAAAAUUUAACCACCCUGUAUCUUCAUAACAAUAAUUUGUCUACUGUCCACAAUUUAUCUUCGCUUCCAUCGCUGGAGACAUUAACGCUCUAUGGAAAUCCGCUAAUAUGCGAUUGCAGCAUUAGAUGGUUACCAAACUAUCUUCAAUAUUAUUUUGGUCUUCAAAGCGAUAAGCUUUUUUGUACGGAUGAGAUCGGACACCGGACGACGUUGCAAAGCGAACUACGGUUAGAAAGAUGGUGCCCACCAAGAAUUGUUUCUCCAUUUCCUGAGAUUGAAACUUAUGAAGGGCAAUCUGUAAAAGUUAGUUGUUACGCAGUCGGCAAUCCACCGCCUGAACUGAAAUGGUAUUCAUCUGACGACAACGUAAUUAGUGAGACUAAAGAUUUGAUAAUUGAUGACAUUAACAUCGCUCAAGAAGGCAUUUACACUUGUCGAGCAAAAUCAGUGCGAGGUAAAGGUGGUAAUAUAAAAGCUGGUAAAGUUGAGGGUCUUGAAGUGUAUGUGGGGUUGAACCAAAAUGGUUGA